CCUAAAGUAAAACAUGGACGUCUUUGAUAUGGCCGCUUAAAAAGAGAUAGGACGCGUCGGUAAACCCUCCUCUGAGGGGGUGUGUUAGACGGACGACCUUUUGCUGGCUUGUUACUUCCAACACUCGUUUUCAACCGGACCGGAAAUCGUCUGAAUUAUCCAAGCCGAGGAAACUGCUCCAAUGGCUCAGGAGUUUGUGAAAGCGCAAAUAAAAGGAGACAGAGUUGUCCUGUUUCUGAAGCCGUCGUGCCCGUACUGCACACUGGCCAAAGAUGUAUUGUCGAAGUACAAUUUUAAACCUGGACACCUGGAGCUUGUCGACAUAAGUGCACGGGAGGACAUGAGCAGCAUACAAGACUAUUUGCAGGAGAUUACAGGCGCUCGAACCGUGCCUCGCGUGUUUAUAGGGGAAACGUGUAUCGGCGGAGGCAGCGAUGUGGCAGAGCUGGACAGAAAGGGCCAACUGGACGGCAUGCUGCGUCAUAUUAAAGUACUGCAGUGACGACACAGGAGACGGAGGGAGGUCACAUGAUGCUGCAGCGGGACUUGCGCACUUGCCUCCGGCGUCGCUGGUACUCGCUGAGCUCCUGCAGAUAGCCCCGGGAUGGCCACCGCAGAUGCUCCACCUGCUCCCGCUCCUCCUCUGCUCAACAGUAGCAUGGUGACCGUGCAGAAACCAUGGCAACAACACAUCCCCAAUACCUAUAUGGGCGGUGGUGUUCCUCUCCACCCUUCACUUCCUGCUUUUUAUGUAAUAUUAACCGCUUAAAAGAGAAUAGCCACAAUAGUGUAAAACAUAAAGCAUUUGAAAUGUUUAACGUUCGCACGCUUGUUGGAUAUGUAGACGGUCAAAUCAGUGCAUCCCACUUUAUUUGCCUCAUCUGUACUUUUUAAAAUAACCUAAUUUGUUUCCAUUCUUGGUGUUGCGUAAUAGCUUGCAUGCUUACUUGUUUAUAUGGCAGUGUAUGUAUCUAGGGGAACAGCUUGAAAUCAUAGAAGCAAGAGCUGGAGACAUUGUCUUGAGAUAAUAUGCACCCCCAGCAGGAGUUCUGCACUCUGAAUUGUAUUAGAAAUAUAUUUUCCCCCCACAAAA